CUCAAAUCUUGAUCAUAGUUGCAAUAAUAGAGAGGAACCCCCACCGGAAAAUGGACGCCGGCAACACUUCCAUGUCGACCCUAGCCUCACAAAUAUGCAACCAAAUAGCCUCCAUCUUUGCCAAACCUACCUCCCCCUACCCACCAACCCUAGACCUACUCGUUAUAGAGCUCUCUACCAUUGCCUCCCAGAAAGGCCGCGUCUUCCUCUAUGCCGCCGGCAGAGGGGGCCUCAUGCUAAAGGCCCUCUGCAUGCGCCUCUUCCACCUGGGCCUCUCCGCUCACUUCGUUUUUGACUUGACCACUCCACCCAUCACCUCCAAUGAUCUCCUGAUUGCCUCCUCCGGCUCCGGAGGAUCUUCCUCCGUGGAAGCCAUAUGCUCGUUGGCACGAUCCCACGGUGCCAGAGUGCUGCUGCUGACUGCCCAGCCCGAAAAAGGACGCAUCGUCAAGCACGCUAAUGUUGUGGCUUAUGUGCCGGCUCAGACAAUGGCUGAUGAUCAAGCCAACGCCGGAGAUGGCAGAUCAAGGGCGCUGCUGCCAAUGGGGAGUGCGUAUGAAGGGGCCUUGUUUGUAUUGUUUGAGAUGCUUGUUUUCAAGCUAGGCGAGGUUUUGGGAGAGAAUCCUGAGGCAGUCCGAGCUCGCCACACUAAUCUUGAAUGAGAAAAUAUAUAUGAGACUGCCAAUUUGUAUGUGUGGGAGUUAUUAUUAUUAUUAUUAUUGCUUUUUCUUGGUCUCCCAAUGCUUGUUUCGUGUUCAAUUUCCAUAAUUUAUUCUACAUAAAAAUGCAGUUUUAUUUACAUCAUGUACAAUAUAUAUAAUAUCCACAA